GUUACUUAUAGGUUGAAUGUGAAUAGGGUCUUCAGUACUAGAUGCCACCUGCAUGCUCACAGACCCAACUGUGUAUGUAUUUCUCAUCAUCUCCCAGUGGUGGAAGAAAGACUUUACCACCAUAGACCUGAUCGACGCAUUGGGAGCCAUAAGAAAGAUCUAUUCAGGGGCCACCACUCCGCACAUAUACGGAAUCCUAUCACUUAAAUACCUUUAAUAUGGAAUCCAAAGUGUCAGAAGGAGGUCUAAAUGUUACCUUGACGAUCCGCCUACUAAUGCAUGGGAAGGAAGUUGGAAGCAUCAUUGGAAAGAAAGGGGAAACUGUGAAAAAAAUGCGUGAAGAGAGUGGAGCACGAAUUAAUAUAUCAGAAGGAAACUGCCCAGAAAGAAUUGUAACGAUUACUGGACCAACAGAUGCUAUAUUCAAAGCCUUUGCAAUGAUCGCAUAUAAAUUUGAGGAGGAUAUAAUUAACUCGAUGAGUAACAGUACCGCCACCAGCAAGCCGCCUGUCACCUUGAGGUUGGUUGUACCUGCAAGUCAGUGUGGUUCCCUUAUCGGUAAAGGAGGCUCUAAGAUCAAGGAGAUUAGAGAGUCUACAGGAGCCCAGGUGCAAGUGGCUGGCGAUAUGCUUCCUAAUUCAACGGAGCGGGCAGUGACCAUCUCCGGCACUCCUGAUGCGAUCAUCCAAUGUGUGAAGCAGAUCUGUGUGGUGAUGCUGGAGGUACAGUGUGUCGGCGCAGGGUCCCCACCAAAAGGUGCCACCAUUCCCUACCGUCCAAAACCCGCCUCCGCCCCUGUCAUUUUUGCAGGUGGCCAGGUAAGAGCGGACCCGCUGGGUGCCUCCACUGCCAACCUCAGCCUAUUGCUGCAGCACCAGCCUCUGCCCGCCUACUCUAUUCAAGGACAGUAUGCCAUCCCGCACCCUGAUCAGUUGACCAAGCUCCACCAGUUGGCCAUGCAGCAAACCCCCUUUACUCCCCUCGGACAGACCACCCCUGCUUUCCCUGGAGAAAAGCUGUCCUUACAUUCCUCUGAAGAAGCUCAAAACUUGAUGGGCCAGUCAGCAGGUAUGGAUGCCAGUGCCCAGGCAAGUACUCAUGAACUCACCAUACCCAAUGAUCUAAUAGGCUGCAUCAUCGGUCGCCAAGGAACCAAAAUCAAUGAAAUUCGACAGAUGUCUGGAGCACAAAUCAAAAUAGCCAGUGCCAUGGAGGGUUCAGCAGAGCGGCAGAUAACCAUCACUGGGAGCCCAGCUAACAUCAGCCUUGCACAGUACCUCAUAAACGCCAGGCUGACGUCUGAGGUUACUGGGAUGGGCACGCUGUAAAAUCCUCCCACAAGUCUUCCAUCUCUGACCCUCUGUGAUCACUGCUGACUCUACGUUUCUCCAAAAUGAUCAGUUUAAUGCAUAGCAUCUACAUAGUGCAGGUUAAGCACCAAUACAUCUCAGUACACUAGGUGCGCAGACGCAUGCUGUCUCAUCAUGUAACAAUGUAAUACAAUGUAACAUUCAUGGUUCUAUUAUGCUCAUCAACAUCAUAUAACCUGUAGGACACACACAUCAACAUGGCCUGUAUUACAGCUGGACCAAUACAUGUCUGUACAAGUACUCAGUCUUUAAUAUAUAUUUACUUAGUAAGCCAAAUUAAUUUCAUUUUGUACAUUAUAUGUGUUUUAACAUGUCGAUAGCCCCUUAUCUUCCUACAAAUGGGCAAUCUUUUUAUUUGUUUAUUUAAUUUUACACACAUAAUACACACACACUACAUGCUACAGAUAUUAUAUACAUCCAAUUCCUAAGCAUCCUUUAUAAUGUACACAGGAUACAUGACACCCUAUUCAUCCUUAUACAGAGGAUGUACCUGCCUCACACAUGAAAUUACAUGGACACAAUACAUUAUACACAAUCUAGUUAUACAUACAGGCUUUCUCUGCUCUAUACAAACGUUAACUAUCCUUUUCUUCAACAACAAGCCUAGACCAUAAAUUAGAAUGCCGUCUCUGCACCCAAUCCCACUAUUGACAAUUUUACCUGAAGCUUUUCCUAUGUAAACGGUAUGUUAUUCCCCUCUGCUCUUGACAAGCCGCUGAUUAUAAUGUAUCUUACAGCUUCUGGUGUCUUCUUUGUGGAAUGAAGCAUAGUUAUGUAUGAAGUGUAUGACAAUGUUGUUAUCUUGGAGUUUUUUUUUUAUCUGUAUGCAUUUAAGGAAAUAUUUAUUCAAAAUAUUUGAGAAUAUAUAUUGUUUUGUUUGUGCUCA